GCUGGGCAGUGGGACACGACGUGAAGACUCCAACAGCUAUCAGCUAGUGACGGCUAAAUGCUAACAGUGUAGUCCCGACUCUUCCGCGGGCUUGCUUUCACGCACAGUGCGCGUUUUCGGGGAUGUUUUGCGGGUUUGUUUUUUGUUUUUAGGGGGCGUGUGUUAGCCACAUGUUAGCCACUAUCUGCACGUUAGCCGGAUGUGGCUAGCUUUAGAAGCUAAGUGUUUACCAGUUAGUGUCCUGAAUUAUUCAUGAGCUCCUUCCGUGAUUGGUGGAUACAGAGUCGGAGGCGGGGCUAGUGAGGGUGUCUGCAAGAAGGGAAAUAACACACACACAUACAGAGGUCUAUUUAUGUGUGGAUAAUAUUAGAAACGACACACUGAGGAGGAGGAGGAGUGUGUUCUUGGUCUUCAGGUGGAAGAUGAUCAAGAUGUCACUGGACAGCGAGACUGUCCUCCCUAACGAGGUGAGCCCCGCCUUCCCCGCCACCGGCAGCCUGUCAGAGCAGCCAAAACUGGCGAAGACCGGCGCCCUCUGUUCAAACAACGGACUUCAUCCGCCGGGAAACAGUCAGCACGCCAUCACAUCCUCCGCUCCCCACACCCAGCGGAUCGCAAAGAGGCGAUACUCGAUGGGCGUCGGCUUCAAAGGGCUGGCCAAGCGGCGGCGUCGCGCCAACAGUGAAAGCCAAUCGGAGCCUGUGCUGCCCAGUAACUUCCUGUUGGGAGGAAAUAUCUUUGACCCGCUGAACCUCAACUCGCUGUUGGACGAAGACGUCAACAAGGCGACCAAUCAGGAGACACCCAAGUGCUCACCCUUGCCUCUGCGGGGAGAAGACCCUGUAGAGAUCCUGGUUCCCCGUGACAUCACCGACCCCUGAACCUGAAGGAGGGGG